UUAUCUUGUUUCAAAUCCACACAGCAAUACUACCUUAUGUUGGUGUGAGAGCACUUUCCAUGGCAUGCUUAGACAUGUACAACCAAAACUCAGCCGACCACAAAGGUUUCGGGACUCCUAUGAGUCCUAGAAUCUCCUUCUCUAAUGACUUUGUCGAUUCGACUACUAUUUCUCAUUCUUCUCAACUUCACCAAAUGAUGAAGAAUGAAAGCAGCAGGACUUAUAGGGAUGCUCCAGUUUCCUCUGACUUUGAAUUCAACGUCAGUAAUUACUCAAUGAUGAGUGCUGACGAGCUUUUCUUUAAGGGUAGAUUAUUGCCCUUCAAAGAAAGUUGCUCAAAUGCCCAUUCUCAGAAAACAACUCUGAGAGAUGAACUUCUCAAUGGGGAUGAAGAUGAUGCUUUUUCGUUGAGGCCACCCAAAAGUUGUACUAGGUGGAAGGGAUUUUUAGGUCUUAAAAAAUCUCACAUUGGGUCCAGGAAAGUUGAUAAGAAUAACGAAGGAUCUGUAGAAAAGAGGUCCAACGUCGUGGGAUCUGAGGAGCUGUUUCAUGGCAACAAGAAUUCACAGGAACCAUACAAUGGUGGUGGCGGCGGAUCCAGUUGUAGAGAUGUGGAGUUUCGUUUUAAUUAACGUUAGCUGUUCUCAAAGGCAGUAAUAGAUUCUUGAAGGUGUUCUGGGGAUGACCAUGGCUUCUAAUUUUUGUUGAAGUUAGGAAAAUCAUUUUAGAUUCAGCUGAUUAAUUUGUGUGCUUGUAGCUUUGGGUUUUAACUUGUCAAAUGAAAUCAAUUGGUAAAUUUGUACAAGUAAUUCAGAAUUUUUGCAUUUGCAGUUCAAAUAUUUCAUUGCCGUUAAGAGUGUUUUGUCCGUUCA